AUGACCAAUCUGGCUAGAAACGGAGUGGCAACAAUUUUCGGGAGACAACAAGAAGCAAGCUGGCCUGAUUCGGCGGAAUCUACUGGAGACUUCCUCAAGGUUGUCCACAAGAUCAAAUAUUGGGAGGCCAAGGGCCCGGCCAGAGACGCCUUCGAAAUUUUGAGUCCGGACAUUAUUAACCACCUCGAGCAAUACCUCGACUCUCUACCCAGUUCGAUUAGGGUCACGUUUUCCGUUUAUAUGGUAGGCGAGGAUCCAGAAAGGACACACCCGGUCGUGGUAUUUAUCUGCGAUCAGACUGGGCCGUGCAGGGAGGCUCAGAGGCUGAUCGACGAAAGCCGGCUACUCGCAGGUUUCCCAGGCAUGACAUCCGACAUCGCUGCUGUACCCCCAGACUUCGACUACGUUGAUCAAUUAGCAUCGCAUCCCACACCUCUGCCCGGAGCAUCCAGUCCUGAUCAAUCCAGCUUGGCCUCCGUAGGUGUUACUGGCAAGAGAGUCUCAGUCACCACGCUUACUGAAUCUGGCCCUUCUUCUCAGUCAGCUACCCUUGGAGGAUUCGUCCAACACAAUCAGGAGACCUAUAUCUAUACCGUUGGACAUCUGUUUCAGCCGCCUAUCCCACAGGAGCGCGCUAGUCAGCCCGCAUCGCUACAGGAUGGGCAGUCCGCUGAAGAUACUGGGACAGCAAGAGCCGAAUUGGCAGCAUUCUCUACCGACCUGGAUUACGCACUCCUCAAAGUACAUGAUCCAGCUAGCAUACUGAGGCAAAGCGACGAUCAGGACUUCCGUUCAACUCGACCGACACAUGUCGUACGAGCGCCCUUGAAAACCACCUCAAUCAACGCCACGACCGUCUCCGCUGGCAUGGUGAAAGGCACCCUAUACGCCACGCCUUCAUUCACCCGUCUGCCAAACAGCAAGUCAUUUCAGAGGGUGUACAGGGCUCGAUUCUCUCGUCCACUUGCCAAGGGCGAUUGUGGCGCUUGGGUUGUGGAUGAAGGCACUCGAGGUCUCUACGGCCAUAUCAUCGCUGGCGGCGAACACAACGCGUACAUCGUGCCAGCACACGACGUCUUUCAAAAUGCGGAGGAGCAACUCGGAGACCGAAUCAGACUACUUGAGAACCCAUACGCAGACUUCUCCUCUGCAGAACUACGUGCACGAGAUGAUCCACAGGAGGAUCUGACACAUGGUAGGCGCUUCGGAGUAAGAACAUCGUUCACAGACUCUGGUUAUGGCUCCUCCACAAAGCCAAUGUUGAGGGAUCAAAGACACGAGGAGUCAAUGGCGCGCCGCAAAACUCACCCGUGUCUCAAAGCGAGCAAGUCUGCUCGGCUUGAGAUCAUGAAUUCAGCCACACACACAAGUCUUGAGUCAACCCCUAGCGAAGGGUCGGUGGAGAUCGAAGGCGCCAUGACUCCUCAUUGGGACAUUUUGAUUUCGACAGGCCACGCUGAUGAUGGCAUCCUGGGAGACGAAAACGUCCCUUGGGGCGAGGUACCUUCUACAGUAGCGCAAUGCGACGAAGAUGGGUGCGGAGACGAAGACUUCGACGAUGGGCAGGCCUCGAAACGCGUAUUUAUGCACGAACUGGACGUAUCUGAUAUCUCGUUGCACCAAGCAGAGUUUUUGGAGGAGUAUGUCUCUACUGCUAAUGUAGAAUCGUUGCAAGCGGAUAUCUGGACAGGACAGAAACUUCCAUGCAAAGCAUGGAUCGCCGAAGGUGGAGAGGGAUGGUUCAGGCCAGGUGCUGAAAGCUUGACAGCACAUCAGCUAUAUCAAGCAUUGAGGAACGCACGCUCCCGGAGCCACGAGUCACCACCGUCAUCAGACGGGUGCGCAAUCGACAAGGCAAGGCGCUCUAUUAGCAACCCUAUGAAUGACAGCCGGCCCGCCGAACACAAGGUGCAUGACGCAGUGGACACCGAAAGACGACUGAUAUUCGUCACCGAUCUGGACGCCUGGGCCAUUCAUGCACUCAUCGCGACAGCCUCGGUAUCUCAAGCGAGGGCACUGCUGGAUGCCGUUUUCAAACAUUUGACAUUUCAAAGCUCUAUCGAAGUAGCACCCUCGUGCGAUGGAUGGCCUUCAUUUCAACUGGAGUUCCACCUCCCUUAUUAUGCCUGGAGAUCGUCGCGAGAACCACGCGAGGACAGCCGUCUCGAUAGUUCCCGGGAGCCUUUGAGAAAUUUCAGGGACGUUUCAAUCCUGGACUGUGAGGGUAGUACUUCUUUCCUCUACGAGGCCCAGAUAUCUUGUGUGAUCUCUGGUGUCGAUGAAUGGAGGUGGGUAGCAUAUGGCUUUGUCGACUCUUAUUUUGAUCGUGAAGUUGGAGGGAAUGCAGGAACAUAUCUUGCCGACAUAACUUCUGGAGUACAUGGUGUCCCUGGCGGAUACGGCGCCACCGGCGAUGCUGGCAAUCCCCCGGAGAAAGCCAGAGACUUCUUCCUGAAAAUCCUGCAGGUUCGGGUGAAACAAAUCAUCCAUGAGUGGGAACAGGUGCUUCGGAAUGUAGAAAGGGGGUUUCGCAAGUAUGCCAAGGCCCAUGAGACCCGGAUUGCACGACCUCCAGCGCCGGAGAAUUGGGAAGAACGCGGCGACUCCAUAAUGAAGUCUUUAAAUUGGACCGCGAAAGCGCUGUCUUUUCUGACAGAGCUAUCAGAGGUUCUCUCGAGAACUCUCAACGCCUGGGCAGUUUUUGAACAAGAGCACCUCGUGAAGUUCAAAGAUCCAAAGGAGCCAUGGAAGAACCGUCACUCUGUUCAUGCGAUACGAAGGUCAUUCCAUAGGCUGCAGUCGGUGAGGGAAUCGGUCGAUUCUAUGGCUAAGACAUGCUGCCGUAUGAAAAGAGAGCUACAAUUGCAACUCACCUACCUCGAUAUGGAGCUUGGUGAAGAACAACGCAAGCUUGCUAAAGCUUCUUAUAACGCCGUUCGUUCCCAUAAGCAACUCUCCUUCAUGGUGUUGUACAUAUCCCCUGUCGCUUUGGCUUCUGCUGUCUUCUCGAUGGAUCAGCAGAUCUUGCCGUUCAUUCCUCAAACCACAACGUCAUUUCUGUUCCUGAUUCUGGGAUUCAGCAUGCUUGGGUUCUUCAUACACCAUACACAGACCUACCGAGACCAUCACCCUUGGGGGUCUCUCGUCGCCAAGGCACGAUCCCACUGGCAAGCUGGACCAUGGUCACCAUCGCUUGAGGCACUUUCACGACGUUUGCGUGGUAGUUCCAGAUCACAGCCGAACGAAGAUACGCAGGAUGAUGAAAAAGACCGGCUCUGGGCAUUGUGGAAUGGUCAAGAUGUUUGACUUUGGGCUACAACGAGCAGGAAGAAUUCACUGGGAGAUUGAUGGAGCUGGGGUUGAUGGAAGCGCAGGUGGUUGCAACGACGAGCUUCUUCACGGACUCUGGGGGAGUAUGCGUCUUUUCAAGCCGUCAAGGCUGCU